AUGUCCACCAAACAGGAGACGGCGAGAUUAGUAGGUGAUGAAGACAUAGGGCGUCCACUGAGGAGAGAGACUGUAGUGCGCUUAAGACUUAACCUGGUUGUACUCUGUGUGAUAUUUAUACUCGUCUUUACAGCUUACUCGGGUCUUCAAAACCUGGAGAGUAGUUUAAAUCCUGGGAUCGGAAUAUAUUCCCUUGCCUCCAUAACUGGAGGCGCAUUGAUUUCCUGUAUUCUUGCGCCGACUGUGAUCAGGUUCAUUGGAGCAAAAUGGGCUAUUUCCUCUGCAGCCCUUUGUUUGGCAGCGUUCGUGGCAGCGAACUUCUACCCCAAAACAGAUGUACUGAUCCCUGCCUCGAUCCUGUAUGGGAUGUCGUCCGGGUUUAUGCUCACGGCACAGGGUACCUACGUCACGACCAUCGCCAUCGAGUAUGCCCACGUAAUUGGGGAGAGAGCAGAAACUGUUAUAAGCCGAUUUUUCGGAUUUUUUCUAAUGGCUUUUCAAAGCACACAGAUCUGGGGAAAUCUGAUUUCGUCACUCGUCCUUCAAACUGAUGGAUCAUCAGACAACGCUACAGCACCGAAAUCAAAUAUGACGUCGGAUGUAUGUGGUGCAGCAUUUUGUCCCAAUAGUAUUUCUUCCUCUAGGAAUAGUUCCGCCACACCCCUUUUAAGUAAACCACCCGAGCAUAUAUUAGAUACACUUUUAAUUAUCUAUAUAGGGUGUGCAUUGUCUGGUUUUUUCAUUGGUGCACUUCUUCUGAAGCCGAUACAGUCUAGGACCAGCGAAGACAAAAGAACAGGAAUCGUAACAACGUUGUUUUCAACUCUUCGACUUCUCGGGACAGAUACCAAUAUGCUACUGAUUGUGCCAAUGGCGAUGUACAGUGGUGUAGAACAGGUGGUGAUGUACGCGCAGUACACACAGGCGUACGUGGCUUGUGAGCUGGGAUUAUCCUGGGUAGGAUACACUAUGAUAUGUUUUGGUGCUGCCAACACAGUUGCCUCCCCUUUGAACGGGAUGCUGACUAAAUACGUUGGUCGCCCUUUCCUAUUUCUCCUUGGCUUCUGCGUGAACAGUGGAAUGUUAGUCCUUCUACGAAUUUGGACGCCUGAUAAAGACCAACUCUUCCUGUUUUUCAUCAUACCUGGAGUUUGGGCGCUCGCUGAUGCGAUUUGGCAAACACAAACCAGUGCGCUCGUGGGUCAUGUGUUUCCGUCACAACAGGAACCGGCGUUCGGAAAUAUUCGGAUGUUUGAAGCUCUCGGAUUUUUUGUUGUGUAUCUUUAUAGUAACCACGUGUGUCAGGACAUUAAGUUGUACGUUGUAGGGGCGUGGCUUGUGUUGGCUGUUACCAUGGUAUUUGUGGUGGAGAUCAGGAUACGAAACAGAGGCCUAGCCAUAUAUAAGGAGAUACAGACAGAGGAAAAUUCCUGA